AUGGACCCUUUCCCAACAUUCAAUAUUGAUUAUUCCUCUGACCCUACCUAUUCUGGGUAUUACCUUAACAGCGACUACUGGAACUGGGGCAACUAUUACUAUCAAAAUGGAUUCACAUAUGAUCAGCCGACGUCUUCUGGAUAUUCAUUCACGCCUUCAACUUCUACCAUGUCAACUCCAAGUACCUCCUCAGAAUCUGAUUCAACUGCUAUUUCAUCUCCAAUUCUCUCAAUGACGCCUUCAUUCUAUCCGAUGCCAACUGCAACAUCAGCCAUAACAUCUUAUUCCAAUGCUUCUUCACUGCUCACAAUGACACCACCAACCACCACCACUCCUCAUCGUUCCCAGGGUUCUUCUAAACAAUGUUCCAACUGCUUCGCCACGGAAACAUGUCAAUGGAGGAAUGUUCGAUCGGAGAAUGGAAUUCUAUGCAAUGCUUGUUUCAUCUACCAAAGGAAGUACAUAUAA